AACUUUGUCUGGAUAAUCAAAAUUGUUGGGCGCUAAAGAUUUUUCACCAACAAGCUUAUCUCCUCAUUCCACACCGCAAACACUAUGUCACUAUCUGGUUAUCUCCAACACAACAACACUCACAUUGAACUCUCAAAAUCACCCAUGUCCAACAAAUUGUUUUUCUCCCAGAAUCUUGUUUUAUGUCUCAUCACAACUAAAUCAACAACCUUAAAAUUCAACAACCACUUCUCAUUCCCACUUUCACUCAAAUGCAGCAGCAUCACAACAUCUCAAUCAGAAUCAAUCACACAACCUUUUGCUGUAUCUUAUCUUAUCAACAAUUUUGAUUUCUCAACUGAAUCAGCUCUCAAAGCUUUCAACCUCAGGCACGUUCGUUUCAAUACCCCAGAUAGGCCUGACUCAGUCAUCAACUUCUUAAAAAGCUAUGGCUUUUCAAACUCCAACAUUCGCAUCAUCAUCAAAAAAGCACCUUGGUUACUUUCAUCACAACCCCACAAAAUGUUAUUGCCAAAGUUUCAAUUCUUUCUAUCUGAUGCUUCUUAUUCCUCUGAUAUUAUUCCAUUGUUAACUGCACACCCUAGAAUUUUACAAGGUAGCUUGGAGAGACGAAUAAUCCCUUUUUUUGAAUUAUUAAGUAGGUACUUGAAAACCAACAAGGAUAUCAUUGUUUGCUUAAUUCGAUAUUGGACUGCAUUUUCUACUAAUCCCCAUGACCGUAUUGUGUCUAAUAUCAAUUUGAUGGUUGAUUUUGGAUUUUCUGAUUCUACCAUUGCUAGAUUGCUUCGAACAAGGCCAUCUAUAUUUGGUUCAAAUGAUAUGAUUAAGUUAUUGGAGGAAAUUAAGGGUUUAGGGUUUAAACCUUCAACGACCGCUUUUGGGACUGCUUUGAUGACCAAGCAAUUGUUGGGUAACAUACUUUGGGAUAAGAAAGUUGACGUCUUUAAGAAAUGGGGUUGGUCUGAUGAAGAUGUUAUUCGAGUAUUUAGGAGUCAGCCUGGUUUGAUGUUGACUUCAAUUGAUAAGAUUAAUUUGGUGAUGAGUUUUUGGGUUAAUCAAAUGGGUUGGGAUCCCUUGGCACUUACUAAAAAUCCACUUAUGUUUUCUUUUAGUUUACCUAAAAGGAUCAUUCCAAGAGCCUCAGUUUUGCAAUUUCUUUUGAUGAAAGGUUUGCGAAAGAAGAAGGCGAGCUUAGUUAGACCAUUUGCUUAUUCCGACGAUAUCUUCUUGAACAAGUAUGUUUUCAGCUUUAAGGAGGAGUCUGAUUAUCUGUUGAAGCUAUAUAACGAAAAAAUGAAACUUGCAAAUGCAACGGAGAACAAUGGGAUGCCAUCCACCAAAUGUGUAAUGCAUUGAUCUUCUUCUUUUGUAAUACAUCCUUAGCUUAUUCCUUCUUUGAUUUGUAGUAGUUAUACUUUCUAGGACAGGAUAAGUGGUUAGUACUGUUGGGUUUGUUAUCAUCAGCUCUAGUUGCAAUUUUGAUUCGUAGGUCUUGCAUUUGGUAUAUUGUAGUUACAAUUUCUUUAGACCUUACACAUGUGAAAGUUCAAUUGAUUUUGCAUUUGUUCAGGGCAUCUUUGUCUCAUGAUAUUAGCUUUUCCUUGUUUAUUUGGCCCAGGAAUCCAUAGUUUAUACAAAUUAUAUA